AUGAAUGUUCGGUGCAUCAACACGACGAAGAAGAACAAGGAUCACCACACCAUUGACAUCUACGAUCCAGACUAUGUGGACACGAAAAAACCCGAAGGACCGAAGACGGCCAAGGAGUUUGCCGACGUUAAAUCGCAAAAGAACUGGAUUUCCUAUGGCUUCGACUUCAUUGACCCCGCAAAUGACCGUUCGCUGAUGAACUUUACCUUCUUCACCAUGAUCACCAUGGGCUUUGUCGUGUUCACCUACAUCAUUUACUACUUUCCCGAUUUUGUCCUUCACGACUGGGCCAUCAGGGAAGGCUUCCUGGAGCUGGACCGGCGUGAACGCCUCGGUCUGCCGCUCAUUGACCGGAACCUGGUCGACCCAGCCACACUAGACCUGCCCACCGACGAGGAGCUCGGCGACUACAAGGUCUACAC